AUGAAGGUGCAAGCUGGAUUCUACCGCAAACUCCUCCUUCCCAAGGGCAAGCCUACGCUUCUAACCCCAGAAGUCCUCAAGGAAAUGCAGCUACAACAGGAGAGAAUAGAAGCUGAGAAGAAGCGGCCUCCUUUUUUUGCCUUGAGAGUAAACUUUAUCCUUGCUGUCCUUAUCAAAAGAAAAUAUAGUGCCUUUAUGUCCUCCAAAUUUGAAGUCCUAAGCAUGAUAUGUUCAUCAGAUUCUAUGAAUGCCAUUGGUGGGGAUGUCGACAGGAAGCUGGUGACGGUUCCAGAAAUCCGUGAAAUCGGAGAGUAUGUUGCAGAGAUCCAGCUUCACUCCUAUUGCCUCUACUUCCAUUCUGUGUACGACCUUUUUCAGUGUUCUUAUGUGGGUUUGCUCAUAAUGCCCAACACCCCUUUAAGUGUUGGACAGACUGCAUCAGGUGCAAUUUGCUGA